AUGAACAACCACGACGAAGAGAAUCAUUACAACCGUGAUGAUGACGAUGACGAUGAUGAUGUUCACGAUCAAUUGCCUUCGGUAGAAGAAUACAAGGCAUCGGUGGGUCCAGGAAAUGGCAAGAUUGACCCAAAGCGAAUCAUGGAAUCCAUUCAGCCGGACAGCGACGAGGAGGAUUUCAUUCACAAUGUCGACGACAAUGAGGAUUUCAUUUUACAACCACCUGAUGACAUUGAGGAUGAUGACGACGAUGAUUACUACAACGAUGACGGCAGUGACGAUCAAGUCAUUCACGAUCAAUUGCCAACGGUGGAUGAAAUUCAUGCCCAACGUCAAACACAAAAGGGUUCUGGUUUCUGCAGCGGUCGCCGGUGGGGAUAUUGCAUCAUGACCUUGUUGUUUCUCUGCAUUGUCAUUAUUCCACCCGUCUUGUUGACCCGAAAAGAUCAUUACGAAGAGCGCAAAGAACAGAUUGUCGAAUUCCUCAUGGCGAAACAGAUUGCCAAGGGCAGUCAGUUGGACGAUGCACAAAGUCCGCAAGCCAAGGCGGUGGAAUUCUUGGCUUCCGAAAAGUUUGACAAUGCGGCACUCAGCGAAGAAAAGCUCAUUGAGCGAUACGUCAUGACGGUUUGGUAUUAUUCUACCAAUGGAACCAAAUGGAGGUACCCCAUGCGCUUUUUAACCAAUGAAGAUACCUGUGGAUGGUUCGCUUGGUUCCGAAAUCAACGCAGUGGUCAAAUUACCAAGGAAGGAGUUAUUUGUGAUACUCCUGAAGGUUCUUCAACACCAGUCAUUGGAUUGCUGGAUAUGCCUUCCAACUUGCUCCAAGGCACCAUUCCAUCCGAAUUGCAAUACCUUUCCAAUUCCCUCGAACAAAUGCACGUGGAAUUCAAUCCCGGCCUCGAAGGUGAAAUUCCCAUCGCCAUGGCGCAAUUGACCAAACUGUGGAGUUUGGAAUUGCAAUAUUGUGCCAUUAAUGGUACACUACCGGAAUGGUUGGGCACCGACUUGCCCCUUCGUCGAUUGGGAUUGUCUAACAACCUGCUCACGGGAUCCAUUCCCGCCAGCAUUUUGCACCAGACCAAUUUGCAAAUUCUCGCCCUGGACGACAAUGGCCUCACGGGUAACAUUGCCGACUUUGGACCCCUGAUCAAGAUCCAAUACUUGUACAUGGAAGACAACCUCAUUGACGGACAACUCACAAAUCAAAUAUUGACGAAUUGGACGGCCCUCAAGGAAAUGGACUUUUCCAGAAAUGACAUUUCGGGCAAUCUCCCCUCGGAUCUCUUUACCAAAAUGACCAAUUUGGAGAUUUUGGAUUUGCACGGCAAUGAUAUUACGGGACCCUUGCCAAGUACCAUCGGAGAUAACAACCGCAUUGUAUUCAUGGCCCUUCAAGACAAUAAAUUGAAUGGUCCCAUUCCUGCGGGCAUGUCGAAUAUGAUUGAUUUGCAACAUUUGGAUGUCUCACGGAAUCAACUUUCGGGCAAGAUUCCUCCAGAAAUGGGCAACUUGAGUUUCUUAAGGUACCUCUUUUUGGGAUCCAAUAGCUACGAUGCACAAGUAUUGCCUACGGAAUUGGCACAAUUGACACUCCUUCGGGAAUUGUCCAUCAAGAAGGCCAAUUUGCAAGGCGAACUACCGACUUGGAUUGCUAACUUUACUCAACUGCAAUUGUUGGAUUUGGAUCAAAACGAUUUGCAAGGAACGAUUCCAAAUGAAUUUGGCGUGGCUCUAAAAUCAUUGGAUCAUCUAAUGUUGAAUCGGAACGCUUUGAAUGGAACCAUUCCCGAUUCCUUUGCACUGUUGACAGAUUUGAACUUGCUAUUGCUCGAUCACAAUGCUCUGACUGGAUCCGCCGACGUCGUUUGUAGCAUUCCUGACUUGAGAUUAUAUGUGACGGAUUGCGAGGCGGUCCCCACCAACGAUCCUGGAGUCUUUGAAGCUGCCGAAAUUGAAUGCAGCUGUUGCAGCACUUGUUGUCACGAACAGAAUGCGACUUGCAACAUGUACGAUUGGAAUGUCAAUUUGGAUCCAAUCUGGGAAUAUGGAUACACGCGCUACGUAUACACCUUUAGUCAGAACUUGGUUGAAAAAGAUUCCCCAGUGGGAUAA